AUAUAACAAACUUCCAUGUUAGAACAAGAAAGCAGCCCUCAUAUAUCCAAAAAUACACCUCAUGCACUCCAAAUAUAUGAAUUUUAACAUAUCUACUCUGAAUGUAGAUAUGUUGAGGUCUGUAACAGUCAGCUGUUAUCACAGCAUUUUUGAUCUUACUUGCAAAGGUCAUUGGAACAUGCUCUGGGUUCACUUUCUUACUGAUAGAUAUCAGAGUCUAUACCCAAUAAAACACAGAGUUUUAGGGGCCCAUAUUUUCAUUGUUACCAUUUCUGUUGUUACUACUGUUAAAGUGGAGCCAGUUCUUCCUAGGGUUUGCUUGUAAAAUGUCCCAUGUAGACAUUUUUGUGUUUGAACUUGUGCUCUCCAGCAGGUGAUUGUCUUGGGAAGUUGGGGCCUAGCUUUAGUGGGGGGUCUAGCUCCAGGAAGCAGUUUGUUAGCCUGGUGUUGGAGGUGGGGUGACCACAAGUACAGUGUAAGCAGCCACAUGCUAACACCAACUAUUCCUGCUACCAUGCUUUCCCUGUUCUCACAAAGUGUGAGCAGAAAGGAACCCUUCCUUAUGUUACUUUCUGUGGGGCACUUGGUAGCAGUGACUGCAGAGUAGUUAACACAGUCCUUUGACAGGAGUGUGCCCAUCCCUCAUUGGUCCAUGUCUUGCUCUGACCUCACAAGGAGCCACUGUGAGGAAUGACUGACACCUGUGCAUAUAACACACUGCCUAGGGCUGGGUUUUGUCCUUCUAGUACAGAGAGCUGUUGGGUGGUGAUCUGUGGGACUUGGACGUGGGUGAAAGUUUUGGACCUGGAUACUGGUGAAGUUUUGGACUCGGAUGCUGGUGACUUGUUGUACUUGACAGAUUCGUGUUGGUACAAGCAUUUAUAUCAACAAAGAUGAAGAAGUGGGAAGUGGCUCAAGGCAAAACCCUACAGCACAACUCCUUUCACGAAGAGGCUUUAACAGAGCACUAUAAAAUCCUAAAGACCCUUGGCCGAGGAGCAUUCGGAGAAGUAAAGUUGGCUAGCCAUCUACUCACCCAGACAAGGGUAGCAGUAAAAGUUCUUCCAAAAGGCACAAAGAAUAUCUUCAUCAAAUCAGAAAUUGAAAUAAUGAAAUCUCUAGACCAUCCCAAUAUUAUUAAACUUUUGCACAUAAUCGACACCACAAAUAACACUUACAUGGUUAUGGAACAUGCCACAGGUGGAGAGCUGAUGAACAAGAUUGUGGAGUUUGGCUACCUACCGGAGGAGGAGUCCCAUAAGAUAUUUAAACAGAUGGUGUGUGCCCUCCAGUAUUGUCACAGUAAAGGGAUUGCUCACAGGGAUCUAAAGCCCGAAAAUAUUUUAGUGGAUGGCAAAGGCAAUAUAAAACUCAUUGAUUUUGGGCUGGGCACCAAGCUUACCAUGGGGCAGAAACUAGCAUAUUUCUGUGGGACCCUUCCUUAUUGUGCUCCAGAACUCUUUGAAGGUGGAGGCUACGAUGGCCGAGCAAUUGACAUCUGGAGUCUGGGGGUUGUCCUCUACUUUAUGUCGACAGGGUGCCUCCCUUUCAAGGGAGUUACCUUUAGAGGACUAAAGGAGAAGAUCUUGGCAGGAAAGUACUCUGUUGAAUUCAAACUGUCGCCAGAGCUUUGGGAUGUUAUUGCUAAGUUGUUAACUGUAAAUCCUGGACAAAGACCAAGAAUAGAUGACAUUGUGAGUUUUCAAUGGCUAAAGCAUGGCAGUGAAGGUUCUCCCAAUCCCUUUAGAGAGAACAAUGAGGACUGCUACCUAGACCCCACUGUGAUGGUCAUCAUGGGCGUCAUCGGUUAUAAGCAAGGAGAGAUAAUGGAAUCUUUACAGGAGAAGAAGUUUGAUCAAGUGAUGGCCACCUACUUGAUCCUUAGGCAGCAGUCACCCUGGCAAGACGACUUGAUAAAAGAUCUUCAGUCCAAGCAGUCUUCUGGAACCUUGAACCUUACAGAGCCUUCCACGAUACCUAAAGGGACUAUAAAGAGGGGAUCUAGUGCCCUUAUCCUUCCCACUUCUUCCAUUUUGCCCACUCUACCUGAGAGUCCUGAGAACGACAAAAAGGGGAGAACACGGUACGGUAUGCCUCCCACCGUGAACUGCCCUAACAAGAAAACAGCCCCAGUUCCCAGAAUCUGCCCCUACUGUGUACAGGAGGCUAAUUUCAUGAACAGCACUUGGGGGGAUUCAGAGAGCACUAUUAACACCUCUGAUGAAAUAUGUACCAGAAUGUCUUCAGCACUGGAAACUUAUUCCAACAAGUUAUCCCUGAAUGUGUCCAAAGCUGGCCCUAACAAAUCAAAGAACAAGGCGUCCUCACAGGAGGUUUUAUCUCAUCACACCCCAAAGGAGGAAGUUCAGUGCAAAGAUGUCAAUAUACCAGGUGAAAAUAUCGCCUCAUCUCUCCCACAAACCUCACCUCAAGAGGACCUCAGGGGGCAGCCCCACAGUGUGGCUACAGCUGGUUCAAAGAACAAAAUGACCUCACAAGAUAUAUCACCCCCAUUCUCCAGCAAGGAGGCCCAGGAUGAGGGUCCCAUUGUACAAGAAAAAGACCUCAGCCCAUCCUCCCCAGAAAUACCCCAGGGACACCUCAGUGGCCGGAGGCAGACUGCACCCAGAGCCCCCUUUAGAAAGCGCAUUUGGAAGAGCCUACAGAGCAGUAUUAUAAAAGGCCUAAGAAGUUUGUGUUGCUGCCUACCAACGGAAAAGAGGGAGCGCCUAGGCUGCAACAAAAUCCUGCCUGUGAGCUUAAAGGACCACGGAGGCAGCCAAGGUGACAGUGCUGUUGGAGGCACUGUGCUCCCCGUAAGCUGAAACCAGAGAGUGGAGAGCAGCAUGCUGAAGAUGCACGCGGCGCAGGAGAGCCAGGUAGGUUCAUGAUGGCUGGUGGUGCCACAAUUGUGCCAGUAAAGUGAAGCACUCUGUGGGACCGGAAGUCCUUUAAACAAGGAUCCACGGAGUGCUGUGGUCAUUAGGAAAACAGGCCUCAGAGGACCUUCCAAGCACAGAGAGAUCAUCAGUCCAGCUACCUGUCUCCAGGUAUACCUAUGAGUCAUUAGAAGAGACAGCAGCACUGGAAGCAGAGGAGGACUCCAGAGGUCUGCCCAGUUUGUAUGUGUUCAAGAUGAAUAUUGCUGACCAGGUUGGAGCCAAAAACAGAGGGACGAGUUUGCAUGGAGUGUCCAUCUUGUGCUCAUUUGGCAAGGUAGAGUGCGUGGGAACAGGUGAGUCCAUUAUUUAUGGUGCAGCUCUCAGCACCAUCCUGGCCUACUAGACAGCUUGCUUCCUGUUCCCACCAGAUCCAGACACCUUCACACCUCACCCCAGCACUAUUACUGGUGAACCUGCUUGUUGCUUUGCAACCUGAGUCAUGUGGAUGCACUCUUCUGUACUCUGUAUCUGGACAGACACACACACACACACACACACACACACACACACACACACUCCUUCCAAUGUACCUCAUGCAUAGUUGACACUAGUGAAGUUUGCUUGAAUGGGAGAGGAUUCCCAUUCAAGCAAGGUAAUUUCAUAUUCCAUGUGAUUUCCCUCCUGGAAAUGCCUCAAAUUCCUCUAACUCAGCUUGUUCCUGUCUCUAUCCCCAACGCAAUCACUUACCACCCUGCUCUACUGCUUCGCAGGAGCCAUGUGAAGCCAGCACAUGCCAUGGUGCACAUUUUGCCCCAGGGCAUCCAUUCCUGUGCAAGGUAAGACCCACCAGCUGUGCUUUGAGUGGAAGCAAGGUGAAGUCUGGAGUGUUUGACAGUUGGAUUCAGAGAUGGAGCUGGUUCUAAGCGUGAUCGUGGAUAGAAUCUGUAGAUGGAAAAACAAUGGCAACCCCCAGCCUGACAGUGAGGGUGUUCCUCUGGGUGGCUCAUGGUCUCCUGCCAUAUUCCUACCUCCUAAGAUAACUCAGAGACACCUAAAGGGAUUUAAGGGGUCAAAUUCACAACCCUCCUUAGGCCCACACUGUAGUAUACCCAAAACCACACCUUAGUACACCCCAAGAUACUAUUUUCAGCAGUAUUUCAUACAAAGAUCCCAGCUGUUUUCUUUCUGACAUCCUGUAGGGACAUUGCUGUUGCUGAGGCUUUGUGUCCCCAGGCAGCAGGCUGGGAAAGACCUUUGCUGCCUGUGUGACCCUAUACUGGGGCUAUCUGAGAGACUCCUGGGACCAUACUCAGCAAGAGACAUUUUCAACUGGAUGGUGCUUAGAGCAGGAGAUGCCACUCAAGCCCUAACACACUGGAUGGAAGGGGGACACACAGGUCUCCUUGAUGGAAGAGGCUUCUUCUGAUUGACAGAGAAUUUGGGCCAGAAACUUACAAGCAGAUGGACUAAGAGCAACAAGAGAAAAUGUCUACUGAUCCAGGUGAAGAUCAUCCAUUGAAGAUAUGCUCAGAGCUUGGCAUAAGAUUGUUCUGCAAAGGUGUUACCAAGAAAGACAGGCACCAGACAAAAAGAUAUAUGGCACAAAUAUCUGAAUAAAGAGACCGUUUUCUUGCUACAAUAAAUUCCUUUGUAUAUUUGAAGCA